UAUAAGAUAAUGGCGGCUUCCAUCAGAGGCAGGACAGUGACACUGAGCAGAUAUUUGUUAAAUAAAUGCAGAUUAACAGAGAAAAGUAGAAACAUAAUCACAGUUACACCGUGUUUACAGGUGGAAGGCAGUGCAGCAGGUGGAGUUGGUGGAGUUGGUGCAGCAGGUGGAGUUGGUGCAGUGAUUGAGAGUAAAGAAGAGUUUCAGUAUGUAGAGAGACUCAUUCCUCCAUCAUCCAUCCCACCUCCACCCAAACACACCUGUACUACACCAUCAGGAUGGACUCCGCCCUCAGUGACGCCUCCGUCCCUGCCGUACAUGAUCCGUCGAUCCAGGAUGCACAACAUCCCAGUUUAUUCUGACAUGAAACACGGGAACCAGAAGAGCACCAUCAUCCGAAAAGUGGAGGGAGAUAUCUGGGCCCUAAAUAAAGAUGUAAAGAAUCACCUGCAGCAGGUGACCGGGAGGGACACGCCCACACAGGUCAACGAGGUCACCAUGAGCAUCCGGGUUAAAGGAGAGUUUAAUAAAGAGCUGAAGGACUGGAUCCUCCAACACGGAUUCUAAUAAACACCGUCACUCAUUAAUGUAACAGAUUCUGAAUUAUUCAUGUUUAAUAUUAAUAAAAACCUGAAUUUAAAA